GGUGCUUCUUAUCUGUGCCUUUCCAGCAAAAUGACUGUGCCGCUUUAUCGUCAAUAAUGCUCCUCCAACACAUUUUUACAAACUUAUCCGGGUUUGAUGAGAAAUCCUGGUCAAAUAUUAUCGACCCUCAUUUAGCACAGUGUACCGCGAAUUUCCUUUUUAAACUGGUUGGACAAGUGACUCCCGUUAUAUCAUUAGACCGAUAUGCUGAACCUUAUUACAUUGUAGAGAGAGGCGCAAUUGAUGAUAAAGUGAAUUUUCUGGCCACAUCAUUGGAACAAAGCGACACAAAUCAAUUUACAAUUAAGGAACUGGAAUAUGUAAGAAUAUAUGUAUAUCUAUUCCACUUAUUUGGGACUAUUACCAAAUCUAUUGUACAAAAUCCUCGAUUCCGAAUGAUGGCUGUGGUGAUGGUGUGGAAAAUUUGCUAUUUUCUGCAUGAUGAUCAAUUCUCUUUGAAUGCUGCGAGACUAGUUGCAUCGAAUGUAGGCAAAAUCCUAUUGGAAUUUUACUACAACGUAUGGAUACUAACGUUUGGGCUGAAAAAAGUGGACCACUCUUGUUUGCAAGAUGGCGAUUCUUUAACUCCCCGAGUCCCGCAAAUCAAGUUUAAUAUUCUCUUCGGCUGGCCUUAUAGUUUUUAAAAAGAAUUGACCACCGUGCAACAAAUUGUCAGGAUUUCGUAAUUUCAGGAGUCCCGAGCCCUUUUUAGUCUCGAAAUCCUGGGAUCAAGCCCUCGAGAUCCCGGGGACUCGGGAUAUAAUUUAAUCUACGACCAAAUUAAAAUAGAUCGAAAUUCAGACACUGUAAUGCCAUGAAAUAAUUAUAAAAUUGCAACCCUACAAGCAAUCAAAUAAUACAUACAUAC